CUUUGUUUUGGUUUAAAAUGAUGGAUGGAUUUGGGGAUGUAGGGUUUUGUUGAAGGGUACUGGUUUCGAACUUGAGUUUCUUUGUUAAUCACUUUUGAAGGGAAAUGAAAGGUGACAGAGGAGGUUGCACACCAAGGAGCAUAGGUUCUGGAAUGUCCCAAAGUUGUGGAUCAUCUCACUUAGCUUCAAAAAACUGUGGUUGUGGGGAAAGAUUGUUGUUGUUGAAGGCAACUACAUUGAAGAACAAAGGGAGACAAUUUUAUAGAUGUAGAAAUUGGGCAAGUAAUUCAAGCUGUAACUUCUUUGAAUGGGUUGAUGAAGGAGAUUUCGAAAUGGAAGGAAGCUUACAAAGGAAGAGUGAAGAAGUUGAAGUGUGUAUUGAAAAUGUUGUGUUGGAGCUAAGGAAGAAGAAGGACAAGUUGAAGAAGAAAUUAGAGGAAGAGAGAAAAAAUUUCAAAAUGAUGUUGGUGUUUUUUGUAUUGUCAUGGGCAUUAACUGCCAUGUUUUGUAUUCUGUUUGUGUUGAAGGUUAAUUGUAAUUAGAUAGGUUGUGA